AUGCUUUUAGAUAAGUCCUACGGGGUUCCUAUAAAUCUGACAUGUAACGAACGCGAGACUAGCAAAAUUGAUGUCAGCGGUAUCUCGCUCUUCAAGUCAAAAAGAGCGAUUAUAGCAAACCAAGUCUAUCCUGGAAUUUAUGCGCAGUCUCAAAGCGAAUGCCAGCGAACAUUCCAUCCAGUGAACAUGAACAAGCCAGCAGGAUGUCAGCUGAAUCUGUCAGGAAGAAAACUGUCAUCGGAUGUCAUGAUCGUUACAGUUUAUCGAUGCUUGACAACUUCUGACCAACAGAGUCAGCUAAAGUUAGUUCACAUAAGUAAGUGUCGGGGAGUUCCGAGGGUGCAAUCAAAUUAGAGGGGUUUAACCCUUUAAACCCUAUGAUCAACAUUUGAAUUCUCAUUUGUUGCCCCUAUUCAUUUCUUACGGAGGUAGUGGGGAGAAGUUGAUAAAAUAUCAAGCAAAUUCAUCUUGUGUGAUCAUGUCCGUAAUUCUCAUGGCCAUUCUGUUUUCAAAGCAUUGAUGUUACAAGGAGAAAUUUGAUGCUGAUCACUCUUAGGGCUUAAAGGGUUAAGAAUCGACGACGGCGACAACAGCGAAAAUGUUACUUCUAAAAUGAAUUCGCGGUUUUUUUUUUUCAAACUUUGUCGUAUUUAUUCCAGCAAUUCACUGAAUAUAUUUAAAGUAGGCGAAUUUCACCGGAGUUGAUUUCUUGGGGACCGCACUCGAGUUUUGAAAGAGAGAAACUUUCUUCGUCGCUAGUUUGUUUCCGUCCUCCAUUCCAUAAAACAUGAAAUUAGGCAGUCUCACGUCGUAGUCGUGCAGUAACGUCAUUGAAAGAAAUGUGCAAAAACAUGUGUGCUGCACGUGCAAAGUUGUGCUUUGACGUUCACGUUGCCGUCGCGGUCGUCGUUGCUAAAACUUCCUAUUGUAUACUGAUGGCAGGAUGAAGCUGUACUGGUAAUCGAUCACUCCCAUGUGACCAGAAAUUAAGCAAAUGCCAGUGUAUAUCAUCCUGCAGUCUUCUUCUUGCACCCAUUCCCUUUUGACUAUACUUAUAGGAAUGUCAAAUAGGGUCAACACAAGACCUAUUCGACUUUGGCUACCCAUCCUUAACAAAUCUCACCACUACAAGAUCCCAUUUGAUUUCUUCCUUUUUAAAGCCAGGUAACUGAAUUCGAAUUUGCUCGACAAGCACACAACGAGAUGGAAUUAUCUCAGUUACACCAUUUACUCUUUUUCUCUCCCGCCAUUCCAUCCCUAGCAUUUUAUGGGCAACUCUCCUCUCCAAGCUUCACGAGAUUCUGGGAAACAAGUUUUUCUAGUUUUUAUAAAUGGAAACGCGUAGAAAGAGAACUUCUUGGUUUGCGACCACGUGACGAAGCCGCUAUGUUGGGGGCCAAUAAUAGAAAAAAUCGAAAAUAAGGUGUUUAGUACCCAGCGGAGAAAAAUGCUCUUGUUUUGACAACCUUCAUAGCCGCCGUGACGUCACCUGCAAACCAGCAAUUCAUAAAUGCGGGAUAAAGUCUUUGUCAAAGUGGAAAGCUACUAAAACCCACAUUGUAGAAAGUAAAACAAGUCAAUUGGCGGACCAAAUUAUCCCAAUACGUCUAUAAAAAUAUAACGUACUUCCGCAUGGACUGAUUAUUAGGCCCCGUUUAUACAGUGGAACCUCGAUAUAACCAACCUUUAUAUGCGUUUAUAUGAGGAAAAAAGUUGACCAUUUGCCCGAGCUAAGAGCUGACAACAGCGUUCAGAGCAUUCGCGCAUGAAGAUUGUCUCGCUUUGACCGAGUUGACCAAACUGAGCGUGCCAAAGUGUUAAUUAUAAGGAGAAAACUUAGUCCGGCUAGGAAGGUGACCCUACCAUCACAAAAAGGCGGGUGAUCACUGUUCUAGUUGAGCCAACUUUUUGUUUCUCAUGUAAACGGCAAAAUUUUGUUAGAAAAUGGCUCCUAAAAACUUUACUAUUUUGAGCUCAUAAGUAGUAGUUCAGUUGUGAUAUUUGAUUUUGAUCUUACAGGAGCCGCUGAUACAGGUGACUUAACAUUAGCCUGCCAGUUUGGUUUUAUGAUGGAUGUUCUAGACAUCAGGUUAAACGGUACUGAAUUAAAUGAUGGGGAAGCGGAAGCAAUCAAACAGCAGUGCGCCAUGAAAACAGUUCAAGGAGCAGUUGUGCCAACAAAACGAAACCAAGACCCCAAAAUACCCGUAGUUUGCACUGUCGCGAGGCAAGGUAGAAUUGGAAAUCUCAAGGCUACGUACCAAUGCUUGCGUGCACCACAAAAAGCU